AUGGAUCUGUCAAGUAAUUCAUUUUUAAAGGAGCUUCCUGCAGGGAUCGGUAACUUGGCAGAGCUACGAUAUCUCAAUCUAUUAAACCUGAAGAUCACAACAUUGCCUGAAGAGAUAGGAAAUCUGGUAAAGCUGAAGCACUUGGAGUUGACAACUCGUUUGCACACAAUUCCUCAAGGGGCAAUCUCCAUGCUUUCUGAAUUAAGAGUAAUGAACCUAUAUUAUAGUGAUUCAAAGUGGGAAGAAGGGAGUGAGGGAUUAUAUAUGAGUGAGUUGGUAGGCUUGGAAAGUUUAAUCCAUCUUGAUCUCACCUUAUCAACUGUGCAUGCUCUUGAAAGGUUGUUCUGCUCUAGCAACCUGCGGAACGUGACUCGGUAUCUAAUUCUUAACAGAUGGGAGGAUCUGACUAUCUCCAACCAACUAUCAUCCCUUUUUACUGCAAUGAAAAGUCUUCAAGGGCUUAAUUUUAAUUGUUGCAAUGGGUUGGUGGAGGUGAUGAUUAACGCAGAUGCGAAGAAGGAUGAUGAUUAUCCUGUUCCAAGCCUAGAAUGGCUAGUCCUUUGGCAACUCCCCCACUUAAAUUGCAUUCGGGUGGGCCGCAGAUGCUUCAGAAACCUUCACACCAUAAAGAUUUUCUCGUGUUUCAAGUUGAAGAAAAUUUAUGACCAAAAUAUGAAUCAAUUGACAUUUAGGUAUCAUAGGAUGUGA